CUACUGCUGACUAGAAAGAGACAAAGGGCUCCCGGCUUCAGGUACGAAAUAGACUGUUAACAUGAGUCAGUUCAAUUUAGACCGUUUUCGUUUCGAGAAGAAGGCAGGAACGGCAACGAGCAAAAACCUGAAUAACGGGUCCAAAAGUCCAGAAUCUGAGAAGGAGAACAAGCCAGCUCAGAUGAAACCUGUCACAGCUCCAUCAAAGUCCCAUGCCCGAGGAGUGGUUUUUGAGGAUGUCCUUACUGUUGACUCAGAGGAAGAUGAGGUACUCUCUGAAACAAAGACCAAAAUAUCGUCAACCAGAAACGCCAUUGGCAAAUUAUCCAAACACAUGAUAUCGGAUCAUACAGAUGAUGGGGACAAUGAAUUGGAGGAAAAAAUGAGCAAACUACUGGAGCUAUUUCCCCAUUUGUCAAGGACUGAGCUACUGGAGGUCAGUGGGAGAACAAGCACACUGGAUGGGGCUAUAGCUGCCUGCCUAUUAGAGUUUGGUGAUAAAGAUGUCCCAGGCCAACAAAGGAAGAGAAAGCAAGUUGGACCCAGCAGUUCUCAGGACAGUGGUGAGAUUCAGCCCAGCAAGAAGAGGAGAUCAUCAUGGGUCUCAGAUGUAGAAGAUGCUAAAGCUAAGGAGCCCACCUGGGAGAAGCAAGAAGCUAUGGUCAGACGACUGCAGAAAAGGUUUCCUGAUCAGGACAAGGAGGAGCUGCGAAUGGUGCUGCAGGAACAUGAUUGGAAUGUUGAGGAUGCACUGCAGGUUCUGCAGAUAUUCUCAGACACAGAUAAUACCAGCUACAGCUCAACAGAGUUUGAAGAAAAGAAAACUAGCAAAUCAAUCAAUAAAGACGAUAGAGGUUCUAAACACAGAAGUAACGCCUCCACUCUGUCUCCGUGGCUUAAAACAAGUUCAGCUUCAGUGUUGUCGUCUUCUUCUGUCAAGAAAACACCCACUUCUACCUCCUUGAAGCCUUCCUCGUCUUCCUCUGCAGCAGAAAGAAAGAGAAAGGCAUAUGCCUUAGGAGAACCUGUCAGCUCUGAGGGGGAAAAUGAGGAUACACUGAGCAGCGAGUUUGAGGACUCAGACAAUGACCUGGACUAUGAAGAUGGGAUGACAGAACUGGAGAAGGAGAUGAUUGCGUUCUUCCAGGACGCAUCGAUAGAUGAGCUGUCGCUGAUUGCUGGCUGCUCGGUUAAAAAGGCCCAGAAGAUUGUGGAACUGAGACCGUUUGUUAGAUGGCAAAGCCUGGUUGAUGUCUUUCAAAGGGAAAAUGGACUUUCAGAGGGGUUGCUGUUGGGCUGCAGAGCUGUCCUCAAAGAGCGGAAGGUUGUCCUGGGUCUCAUGUCCAAAUGUGAGACCAUUUCUUUAAAAAUGGUCAAACAGGUCACUGAGGUGAUGGAGAAGGGGACACGGUCCAUGAAACAGCCCAGCACACUCAACAGCCAGUUCCAGCUGAAACCCUAUCAGCUUAUUGGUCUUAAGUGGCUGCUGCUUCUGCAUGAGCACAAACUGAGUGGUAUCCUCGCUGAUGAAAUGGGUCUGGGGAAAACUAUUCAGGCAAUAGCGUUUCUGGCCCACUUGUACCAGAAUGGAAACAAAGGCCCUCACCUCAUCACUGUGCCGUCAUCUACGCUGGAUAACUGGGUCAGAGAGCUGAAGCUGUGGUGUCCAAGCCUUCAAGUACUUGUCUAUUAUGGAUCUGUGGAGGACCGCCGCUACCUCAGACGUGACAUUCUUGAUGGAGAUGUUGAGUUCAACGUCAUUGUGACAACGUAUCAACUGGCCAUAGGAAAUGAGUAUGACCGUGGCCUUUUUCGCAACCUGCGUCUGAGCUAUGCUGUGUUUGAUGAAGGUCACAUGCUGAAGAACAUGAGCGCACUGCGCUACCGCCACCUUAUGGCUAUUAAUGCAGAGCAUCGCUUGCUGCUGACAGGAACCCCUUUACAGAACAACCUUUUGGAGCUGAUGUCGCUUCUGAACUUCAUCAUGCCUUCCAUGUUCUCCAGCUCCACUACACAGCUCUCCAAAAUGUUUUCUAUGAAAUCCCAUGAGGAGCAGAGCCGCUUUCAACGAGAUCGCAUUGCUCAGGCCAAACUUAUCAUGAAACCAUUUAUUCUUCGAAGAGUCAAGAGCGAGGUUCUCAGGCAGCUGCCAGCCAAAGAAGAGAAGGUAGACUUCUGCUCAAUGAGUGAAAAACAGCAUGUUCUUUACCAGGACCUCUUCAAAAAAUUCAAGAGUUCUACUAGUGGCGAGAAGCGUGAGUUGUGUAAUGUGAUGAUGCAGCUGAGGAAGAUGGCCAACCACCCUCUGCUUCAUCGACAGUACUACACUAUAGAAAAGCUCAAAGCUAUGAGCAAACUCAUGCUCAAGGAGCCGACUCACUUUGAUGCAGAUGCUGCUCUGAUCCAGGAGGACAUGGAAGUGAUGUCAGACUUUGAGCUGCACCGUCUCUGCCAGCAGUACUCCUCCAUCAGCUCCUACCAGCUUGAAACCAAUCUCCUGCUUGACUCUGGGAAGUUCCACCACCUCACGGAGCUGUUAGCCUCACUUAAAAGCAAGGGGGACCGAGUUGUAUUAUUCAGUCAGUUCACCAUGAUGCUGGACAUUGUGGAAGUGCUGCUGAAACAUCUCAAGCAUCGUUAUGUCAGACUGGAUGGAUCCACACCCAUAGCUGACAGGAUUGUGUUGAUUGACAAGUUUAACACAGACCCAGAUAUUUUUGUGUUUCUGCUGUCAACACGUGCUGGUGGCUUGGGCAUCAACCUCACCUCAGCUAAUGUUGUCAUCCUACAUGACAUCGACUGUAAUCCCUACAAUGACAAACAGGCAGAGGACAGGUGUCACCGUGUAGGCCAGACCAGGACUGUACAGGUGAUUAGGCUGAUCAGUAAGGACAGCAUAGAAGACUGCAUACUGCAGCUGAGCCAGAAGAAACUUAAGCUGGAGCAGGACAUGACUGCUGCUGAAAAGGGUGGUGAGGGGACAAUACCUGAAGAUAUGGCAUCUUUGCUCAAAGCCUCGCUGGGACUGUGAUGCCCAAGCACAUGAAAUUUGAGACUGUACAAAUGCAUUUUUAAUGGCAUUCCUCUGAUUCAGGGCCGACUUGAGUGUUAUGACUGACCACACACUUUUGCAUUUAUACUGGAAAACUACUGAACCGUAUGCUGCCAAGAACAAAAUACUGAUAUUUGAUUAUUUCCAAUGUAGCAUGGUAGCUGUGCCUAAAACACGGUUUUUACAGGCUCACAAUUUUUGCUCAUACUUCGACUACACGAUCUUUAGGCUAAACAAAAAAUUGCUUUUAUAUAUUAAUGCAGUGCACGUGUUACAUGAGAGGAUUUUAAGCUGUUUGAAUCUGAAAGAAAGUGCUGACCAAAAUGCCACUUGUGCAGCAUGUGUGGGACCACAUAAUCAAAUCUGUGAAACUGAAUAUUUUGACUGCAACAGAAAAUCUGAGUUUAAGUGCACCUUGCCCAGGUGAACACACAGCCUUUUAUUAUUCCUAUUUAGAUAACUGUACUGUAUGCUAGUAAGUAGAAUGACAGGAUGUUAUCCAUCAAAACUGCUGGUAUUUGGAAUUGUUCUUACAUACUGAAAGAAGCGGUAGAUGGAGAAUGGUAAACAGUGUCACAUCUUUCCUGUCAUACUUGCCAGUUCCGACUAAACAGCAGAAGUAUCAGCCAAGUAUCUGGAAAAUUGUAUUUUCUGUCACUGUAAGUGUAAUGUUGAGUGUCAUCCUGAUGUCAUAUUUUAAGUCUAACCCUGUUACUAUCAGUGAUUCUUUUUUUUUUUCUCAGAAAAGACCUAGUUAAUACACAAAUAUUCCAGUUUUUCUGGUGUGGAAAGCUGAGUUCAAGGACAAAGAAUGUAACAUAACAUCUUACACAAAUAUGGUGCUUGAAACUGUUUCUUUACUGUUUGUAAUUUUAAGCAAAGCAACACAGAGAAGACAAUUUAAGAAAGCAGUUUCUGCAUUUAUGUACUGUAUAGUUGGCUAUUGUGUUGUAAGUGUAUACGUG